AUGCCGUACAAAAUAAUCUCGAAUAUAUCUCUUGCAGCAAGUGAAACAUCAUCGUUAUGUUCAACACCAUGUGCAGAUAGACAAAUCUGUUUCAGUGAUACUUGUGUGUACACGGGAAAUCUAGCCAUUACAAUCAUUUGGUCACGACCUGGCAACUGUGAUCUUGAUGUGCAAACUCCCAACCGUUGGGAAGUUUUUCCAAUGUAUCCAACCGAGCCAACAGAAUACACAGACUAUGGUCAAAUGGAUGUAACGAGUGAACUUACCGGACCAGAAAAUGCCUUUUGGGAUGUUGAUCAUCAAACUCCUCAGGGUUUGUAUCAUAUCUGCUUAGAGGUAUUCUUCUUCGAUGGUGUUGUUGAUGAGAACAAUCCACUUAUUGCGAACGUCUUUGUUCGAAAACCGUCGAGGAAUACGGAAACUUUUACUCGUACAUUUAUGAACCGAACAGAUGGAAUAUAUAUUUGUAAUAUCAAUUCAGUUGGAUACAUUGCAUCUAUCGCUUAUCCUUGA